AUGACUCGACGCACCGAAGGCGAUGGUAUGGAAAAUGAGGACAUUGCCGGAUCAUUCCGAACAAAACGAACGUCGACGUCGUCCACAGCUUCAUCUACGUUCAUGCCAUCGGGAGAGAUAAAGUUGCCCGCGAAUUUUUCCAUCGAACGACUACUGCCACACUCAGGAUCGAACCCAGUGUACCGUCCGACGGAACUCGUCCCCAGUGGAAAUACCUCAUUAUCGGCCGUUGUGCCUCGCGGAAAAGUAUUCAAUUUGGUACCUCGUUUAGUGUCACCAAACGCGCGAUCAAAACUGACCGCAAUGCAUAGCAAAGAACCAAAGUUUGUUCCUUUUGAACCGUAUAAGGGCGCCGUUACACCUAUAAUCCCCGGACGCAACGACGUCCCAGGCGGUGGUACUCGUGUCAAGUUAAGCAAUCGUAAUAAUCUCGACCUGAAUGUGCUAGUUUCGCAAAUGUCGACCAUAACGGACAAAGAGCUGCGCACCAAGAUAACGCCAUCCGUAGACAACGAGGAUAAGCAACGCUACGAAAAGGAACUAGAGGAAUUGCGCAAAGAACGGGACUAUUUCCAGGGUCAGCUCAAGUUUCAGGCUCAGGUGAAUGCGGAGCUCAAGAACCUGCUCGUUGCAGCAGUUGGAGAAGAUUUGCAGACAAAGGUCAAUGUGUUGACCGAGGACAAACUUCAUCUCGCUCGGAAAUUGCUGAACUCGGCCGAAAACUUAUCUUCCCACACCGAGCAGAUCGAGUUUUUGGCAGGGCAGAGUGAGGUGUGGCGCAGCAAAUUUCUCGCUAGCAGUUUGAUGGUUGAAGAAUUGGCACGCUGGAAGGCAAGCUUGAUGCAGCGAAACGGACUGCUGCUGACGUCGAACAAAGAGCAACUCGAAGUCAUUUCGAAAGUUCGUGAAAUGACGAUAGAUGUGCUGAAGCAUUUGCGUUUUCUAGCCAACGCUAAGGACCCACUGCAGCUGCAAACGGCUACCGUGCUCGAUUUGGCGUCAGAGUGCGUCAAUAUUUCGCAGCAAUUGGCGCUGCAACAUUCGGCCCUUGGUAUGCCAGACAAUCUGGACGGCAUAAAAAUGCUAGAAAGUAUGACGGAAGCGGAGAAACUGGCGGUGCAAGCUCUUCAAAGUUCGCAUCAGUCGCUUAUACCAACAGACGAGGCGUUCCGUGCGAUCGUUGGUCAAGCAUUUCCCUCCAUUCACUCAAUCAAACAACGGCAUCAAUCUGAUGAUUUUGAGUUAAUAACCAAACCCGACUGCGAGUCAAACAGCGAGAGCACAAAUUAACUUAUCUGUGUCUAAGCCGGGUGUGUGUCUUUUAUGUUUUUUUCAUGUUAUAUUUUUAAAAGCACAUCUUACAGGAUGUAGAGGGUUUAGUUGCUAAAAACGUUUUACAUAAAAAAGCAAUC